CGCUAUUAAAGUGCCUUCACUUACUCUUCCGUAUGUGGACCUGGAUUUGGACAGUGUCACCUUUAAUUGAACUCUACCAAAAGAUGCAUUGAUGAUUUUGGGAUUACUGAAUCACGAAGCAGAGCAGAGAGAGGAUGUUUAAAGUGUUUUUUGGCUUAUUUUGAGCAUCACAAGUAUAUGGCUGAUUACUGCUUGGUCACCAUUGUGAAGUUUAUUUUGACAAACUACUUUAAAAUUGUGACUUGCAAGCUGUGCUCUGGUCUGUUUUGUCUUUUCUGCAUGCAAUGGGGUGAUUUAUUGAUGAUUUGCAACAGCGUUUUGCAGUUUAAACGCAUGAAUGGUAAAGCAGACAUUAGUUCAGUUUUGUCAUGAAAAUGGAUACAAAGAGUGGCUCCAAACAGUGCACUUCUUCAGCUGAAACAAACAUGUGAAUCAGUGUUAAGCGAUGACGUGAGGACUUUUAAUGGCUGUUAGCUUUACGAGGAGAAAUUUGCAGGAAAGUGACUUUUAACGUCUCUUUUAAUGCACUCUGAUAAAUGGCCCCCGUCUUCCCUCCUGGAUCCGGACAGGGAUGUUGUCCAUAUAUGUCGGCUUCCACGUUUUUUCCACUUCAGCAUCAGUGUUGACAUUACAAGCCGCUUAUUGGUGUCUUGGAUACAAACACAUGCAGUCUCCAACCUGUCAGGCUGCUGAGCAGGGGUGAGAACACUUGCUCACAAAGGGCUGCCCGGCCCACCGUGACCCGGGUCGGCCCGGUCUUUCAUUCUCAAGGCUUGGCCCUCCUCCCCCGGCCCCCGGCAGCCAUGGGGAUUCAAGGCAUGGAGCUGUUUGCCAUUGGGGUGGUCAUCAUUCUUUUCAUGGCAGUUCUCAAGCAGUUUGGCAUCCUGGAGCCCAUGUCUUCUUUUGAAGACAGCAGCGACAGUGAUCUGGAGCUGUCCAUAGUGCGUCACCAGCCGGAAGGCCUGGACCAGCUGCAGGCUCAGACCAAGUUCACCAGGAAGGAGCUUCAGUCUCUCUACAGAGGCUUUAAGAAUGAGUGUCCUAGCGGGCUGGUGGAUGAGGAAACAUUCAAGUCCAUCUAUUCUCAGUUCUUUCCCCAAGGAGACGCGACUACAUACGCUCAUUUCCUUUUCAACGCCUUCGACAUUGACAGAAAUGGCUCAAUCCGUUUUGAGGACUUUGUGAUUGGCUUGUCCGUGUUGCUCAGAGGUUCUGUCACUGAAAAGCUCAACUGGGCCUUCAACCUUUAUGACAUCAACAAAGAUGGCUACAUCACCAAAGAGGAGAUGCUGGCUAUAAUGAAGUCCAUCUAUGACAUGAUGGGCCGGUACACUUACCCAUGUGUGCGAGACGACGCCCCUUCUGAACAUGUGGACAAGUUCUUCCAGAAAAUGGACAAAAACCGAGAUGGAGUCGUGACCAUCGAAGAGUUCAUCGAGACUUGCCAGAAGGAUGAGAACAUCAUGAAUUCCAUGCAGUUGUUUGAAAAUGUGAUAUAACAUAUCAGGAUGCCACUUGGAGAUAUUAUUUUUUCAUCCAGCACACACACGCAAAUACUAGCAUUACGCACUUAAAGUAAGUAUUGUACACACACUCAUAUUUUUUCUAUUCGUCACCAUGCGUAUUCUAGACUUACAGUGUAUACCUUGCAAACACUUGUGGAUUUAAAGGACUGCCAUAGUCAGAUGAUGAGCUUCCUGCAUUGAGCACACAUCUUUUUUGUGUGUGUUUUGUGCCCUCAAUAAAUUGCACAACAGAACUUGAAGGAUUGAACACACGGGCGCCAAUCCCUAAUGUCUGGCCUCACUCAUUUUUUUUUUUUUGUGCACAGAGUCAGUCUUUUUGAGGACACUGACAAAAAGCAUGCUUGUCAUUGAAAAUGUGAUGUGGAACUAGCUUGCACUAUAAUUUAAUGUCCAUGGGCCUAGUGCACCACUGAGGGGGGGUUAGUGUGCAAUGUAUGUGAAGCUGUGUUGUCGCACUGGCUGAUGGAUCUGAAUAAUAAAAAAUAAAAGAAAGUACAAAAAAUAUGUUAAGUGACAGCUUGCCACUGAGUCAAAGAAGAUUAUUCCUUAACUUUUGUGUUCUUUUGUAUUUUGGGGAGAUUAUAUUGAACAUGGAGCUGAGCUAGUGAAGUAACUUUGCAAUAGUGCGAAAUACUUUAAAUAUAGUUGUUUUUUUAUGCUGAAUGAAGGCUUUGUGUUGGUUUUCUGAUAUUUUACUCGCAUGCCGACUGUAAGGUGCCACAGUAUGAUGUACAAUGCGGUGGGAUCUGUGUGACGUGGGUUAAUAAAGAUGCUGUCGACUGCUGUGA